UCAUAUCGUUAAGCGGCAACGAUUGCAAAACGAUUCCAAACGCAUUUCCGUACAGUGCAGUAACGGUGCAGCGGUUCAAAAUUGAGGACUUCAUACAGUUUCAACAGCAGCAGCAGCAGCAGCAGCAGCAGCAGCCGCAACAGCAACCGUUUUACAUCCAGCAGCAGCAACCGUUUCUAGAUCCCAACUUUAACGUUGGUGGACUGUAUCCGAUUGUCGAGCAGCAGCCUAAUUUUGGAUCGGCACAUGGUGUUCGAUUCAGUGGCGCGUCAGUAAAUUCCGUCACCAUUUCGUCGACCGUGGUGAAACGUAGGCCAGCGCCGCAGAUUACGGUAGCGAGCGGCCCGCAGGUCCUAUCGCCGAAGCGACUCCGCACGACCGCGCUGCCCGGCGUCGCGGCGGCUGCCCUUCCGGCCCUCGGCAACUGCCUCGUCCCGGCGCACCCAUCGGCCGCUGCCGCUGCCGCCGCCGCAGCCGCCCUGCUGCAGCACCAAAUCCAUCAACACCAUCACCAGCAGCAGCAACAACAGCAGCAGCAGCAGCAACAGCAUCUUCAACAACUGCACCACCAGCAAUCGAUUGGCUCGGACGCACAGGUACAGCAGGUGCAGCAAUCGAUCUCGCCGCAACCGAACCAAGUGUCCGUCUCGGUUGCCAGCGCACUUACCAGCCAGUCGCCGCUGGGCACGAUUCCCGUCAGUAGUACCGGAACAGGCGCAGUUGGGGCAGUAGGGCAGCCGCCGAUGUUUAGCUCGCCGGUCGUAGCACAAUCGAACACCGUUGUCAGCAGUCCGUCUAUGAACGGUGCGCUGAACGUGAACGCAGCCAACAACAACCACACCGGACUCGGACAGACCGGCCAGUCGGCCACCGGCAACCUCAAGAUGGACAGCUCGAUGGGUCAGAUGACGCCGAUGGCCCCGUUGGCAUUGUCGCAAAGUAUGGAUUCCGUUAAUACGGCCAGCAACGAAGAAGAGGUUCGUACCCUCUUCGUCAGUGGUUUGCCGAUGGAUGCAAAGCCGCGCGAACUCUAUCUACUGUUCAGAGCCUACGAAGGCUACGAAGGUUCGCUGCUGAAGGUUACCAGCAAAAAUGGAAAAACGGCAUCGCCCGUCGGUUUCGUUACGUUCAACACCCGAGCCGGUGCAGAGGCAGCCAAGCAGGAUCUACAGCAAGGUGUACGCUUCGAUCCCGAUAUGCCCCAAACAAUACGCUUGGAAUUCGCCAAGAGUAACACUAAAGUCAGCAAACCAAAACCACAACCUAAUACAGCGGCCACAGCUGCACAUCCUGCAUUGAUGCACCCACUUACUGCUGGACACUUAGGUACACCGUUUUUUCCUGGCGGCCCGGAACUAUGGCAUCAUCCGCUAGCCUUCUCGGCGGCGGCCGCUGAGCUGCCGAGUGCAGCAGCACUGCAGCACGCGACACUCGUCCAUCCGGCACUGCAUCCGCAGGUACCGCAGCAAAUUCAAAUGCCGCACCCGUCAGCAAUACAUCCAGCAUCGAUGCAUGUGUCCGCCGGCCUGCCAGCGAACCACUUUUUGCCCAGUCCGGCCCUGGCCAGUCCGGUCGGCAGCACUGCCGGCGGCAAUCAGCCACCGAACCCGCCGCUAGCCGCCAAUGCUCCCUGCUCGACACUGUUCGUUGCCAAUCUCGGACAGUUUGUAUCCGAGCAUGAGCUGAAAGAAAUUUUCGCUAGUCUGCCUGGCUUCUGUCGCCUUCGUUUGCACACUAAGGGUUCAGCAACAACAACAGCUGCCACCGCCGCCGCCGCCGCCGCCGCUGCUGCCGCCGCCAAUAUCAACAACCAGAGCAUCCUGAACGGCCUAUAUCGCCACUGCACCAACCAUCACAACCAGCUGGCCACCAGCAACGGUACUGCACUCACCUCCACCACCACGCUUGCGAACGGGUCGGGCGGUGGUGCUGCCCCGGUACCGGUUGCGUUCGUAGAGUUUAAGGACGUGCUCAGUGCGGCGGCAGCAAUGACCGCUCUGCAGGGCAAGUUUCUCCUGUCGUCGGACCGGGGCGCAAUGCGCAUCGAGUUUGCAAAGUCGAAGAUGGCCGCCGACAUACCGUCGCACCAGUUCUACGCACAGAAUCACGCGCAGCAGAGAGAAGGGGGCGGGUUUGGAGCCAAGAAUGGAACAUCAUUUGGGGAAGAAGAGUGAACGAACCGAUCUCAGCUCGUACCUAAUGGCAACAACCUGACCGCAACAGAUGCAACCCGUACCCACCACCAACACCACCGCUACCACCAUCGUGAACCAUAGCAAUCUUGGCGGCAACCAGCAGCAUCAUCAGCAUCACUGCAUCGGCAGCACCGGAGGGGCAGCACUGAUCGGAGGCGGCAUGCAUGGCCGCGGUGCACUACAACCUGCACCGCCCGGAGCAACAUCAAUGGCCGGGCUGGGUGGACAGAAUGCGGGACUGUUCACCUUUGCUGUGGCGCCACAUCCACGGGCAUAGGCGGGCUGCUGCAGAAGGAUAAUCUAAUACAAAGCAUUAAACCAAAAUAAACACACUGCAAAAAAGGUGUGCCCAAGAGAAUAGGAGGAAUGGUCGAAAAGAAGUACUAGAUGGAUUGGGUUAGUGCAACCGCGAUCCACUCCAUGAUGAUCCCUGUGAUAAGCGAUCGAAAAGACGAAAGGACGGAUGGAGGCGCAAUUUUAGCCAGCAAAUGCUUGUAUUUGAACCUGCACUGCACGUACAGAAGCACAGACGGGGAAAAACCAAACCCCUUCGAAAUGAUGGGAGUGUAAUUAAUCAAUCCUACCUAACAGAGCAAGCAAGAGAGCGCAAGCUUACACAGUCACUACAUACUUUCCUGAGACACACGCUAAAACGAUUACUAAACAAAAACAGAAAAAGAGAAUACAAAACAAGUCUAGAGCGAUAUACAUUACGGGAAACGAGCGAACAAGCGCUAGCUAAAACAUACAUACUAGUUGAUCACUUUUUACCAAAAUGUGCCCUAAAAAAGGAGUGAUGAUUCGUUUGCGGGAGGUAGGUAAAGAGGGCAAAGAGAUACCACGAAGAAGGUGCGAGCGAGCGUAGAAGGUAAAGGACUAGUCGAGCAAUCGAGUUGGGCUGGCAAACUCUCUGGCAAGCGAUCAUCACUCUACCUAGAUUCCAAUUUGUUUUUUUCUUAUCGUAAAAAAUCAGCAAAGGCUAUUGUUAACCAACUAACGGCCGAUUUUUCCUCUCCCAGCGCACAUUAAUCUAGCAAACGAAAUGAAAAAAAAAUGUAAAAGGGACAUUCGAUCAUUCUUUACAUCCCGUUUUUUACGCAUUACCAUCAUUUUUAAUCCAAACAAUCUGAGAUAUACAAAAAAAAACAAAACCAGAAGGGAAAGAAUCUGCAAACAGUUUGGACGAAGGCGCUGGAAAGCAUUAGGACACGGUAUCGUAAGUCAAUAGGCUGAACAACUAUGUGAUUAGGGUUUCAUCACUGCUGUUUGUUUGUUGUUUUUUUUUUUUUAAUUUGCUGCUAUAGGGGACAUAUAUGAUGGCCACCAUCUGCCAGAAACAAGCAAGACAGAGCCGAGUAAUAAACAAAAGCAAACAACAAAAUCCCCAUUAGCAUGAUGAAGUAUAACAAUGGAAAAAGAAACAAAAUGUGAGCAAUAAGACACACAAUUAAUGACGAAGCAGAGCAAAGAGAACGGCCACACGGAAUGGCUGCAAAAUGAAAUACUAGUUAAACCAGCAACAACAAAAAUGAAAGGGACAAACGAAACAAAAACUUUGUAAAUGAAAAUAUCAAUGCAUAUCAAGAUUUUGAAUCGACAUUUAAGAAAACGAGAUACAUUUACUAGUAGCCAGCGGGUACGGGUGUGAAGGCAGAACAUACAUCUGACGUAUUUAGCAAAGUUUUAAAGCAAGUUUGAGAGAAUAAACAAACAAACAAAAUGUGCGCAUAAGCGAUAAACGUAUAUACGAGUAGAGAGGUCAAGCUGUUUCGAAGCAAUUCUAGGCGACAUGAGACCGAAAACGAUAGGUUUUUAUGGAAAGGGGAAAGGAAGCAAAAGAGGUAACAACAAAAACGAAAAACCAUCAACCAUCCCACGUCGAUAUGGGUCGUUGCUGGGCUAGUGUGGAUCAAUAUUAUUCUGUGUUUCUUUCAUUUUCUCCCAGCAGAUGAAGGAUUACAUUGAUGGAAUUACAUUUAAAUGCCUUUGCUUUGUACGUAAUUGUUUCGUAAUGUGAAUGGAAAACUAUUUUUAUUGCUAACAACAACAAAAAACACAAGACAUUGAAUGAAUGAUCGAGCUGCGUGUGAUUAAUUAUGUGUUUUGUAAGGGUGUGUUAAACUUAGCUGUAACUAUCUGGACUAGUUUGCUCUAGCAGCCCUUCGUUAUCCUGCACUAACCCCAUCCGCCUAAAUGUAAGCAAUUCAUAGUGUAGGACAAAAAAUGUUAGGGAAAAAUCAAGCCCAUACCACCAUACAGCUAACUAUUUUCAAUCAAAAGCUAAUUGCUUUCAAUUAAAAACAAAAAACUAUCAUUUGGCAAUACAGCAAUACAGUUACCUAACUGCGAGAAGAAAAAAGCAACCACUACAGAAGAGAAAAACCAAAGAACAAACACUAAACAUACACCCGGAUCACGGGCGCGGGCUUGGGAAGGAAAAGGAAAUCCUUUCCUUUACCAAAUUACCAAAGAGAACAUAACUAUGGCUAUGGUAUAUGCAGUGUAACAGGGGCUACAUUCAAAAGGCUACACAAGACAUCCGCACAUGCCGUGCAGGGGGGUCAACAAAUUAACAUACAGAUAACCAAAAAGGAUAACGGAGUGGCCAGCAAGCAGCAGGUAUAAAAAAAAAAACAAAAUGAGUAAUGAGAGUGUUAAUCGUCAUACUUGCUUAGAAGCGAGCAACACAAAACAGUAGCAAUAAGUAGCGAAACUUUGAAGUUUUUUUUUAUUAUUACUAUUAUUAUCAUUCUACUAUGAUUAUGACGGUUAUUACUGUCUUUGGUGAAGCUGUGUGAGGUAAUAUCUUUAACUCGUAAGCAUAACUAUAGCGCGUAAGUAAACUCAAUUAAUCCCAAAAACGAGAAACACAAAACGAGCAAGCUUAACGAAACCAUUGAACUAGUGAAACAGAAGAAGGAUUAGAGCGGGUUAGCGAGGGAAAACGAUUGGCAAAAGCAACUGAUGAAGUGCGGGGGGUAGGGGGUACUAGAAAAGAAAGGUCUCUCAAGACCUCAGCGAAAACGGGGAAAGGAUUGAAGAAAGGAAGUGUCAGCGACAAAGCAGAACGUAGAAGCAUAAUCAUUCCGUCCAAUUCAAUGUGUGUAGUUAAGUCUGGCGUCUUGCGUGAGGUACGGAGGGCAAUCGAGCGAUAGCAAACCAAGCAAACAAGCCGACAAUCUAGGCCAGUUUUGAACACAUCCGGUUGUCCGACCGGGAUGGGAGAAACCGCUAGCGCGGACAAACGAGCGAAUCGAGAGGGCAGCACAUCGGGAAGCGGCAACUUCCUUCUGACGAGGUCGAUCGUUUGCUUCUCCGUGUGCUGCGCCCCUCGGGUAGCUUGACCACAUGGGAACUACUGCAAAUCAUACAUAUCAAUGUUUUAUUGGGAUGAUAAAUAGAGUGUACGAAGCUGCACAGCAUACGAAGGUCGAGAGGCAAGACAUGUUUUUUCGUAGCGUAGUGUUCGAGGUAGACAUUGGGACACAGGUGACCACUCUCACUCCCGACUGUGGAACAGAGACGAGCGAAUGAAAAACAAAAACCACACCGGAUCAUCAAUAUAAACGAGCAAAGGAAUGCAAGGAAACGUGCUGAACGACGUUCAGGAGCAAAACUUUGCCUCACAAAGAUCAUAUACAUUGAUACAUAUAUAGGUAAUAUACAUAACAUAACAUAUUCGUUAGCGAAAUCGAUCGAUUGCAGGCAUGAUUAAUCCGAUACCCAACCCAAUGUCCUUGCUAGGUUCUAGGGAGCGUUUCGGGCUUUUGUUACACCCUGUUUUACCCCUGUCUCUAAGCGAGUGGGUGUUCCCCGCGUAAGCCACGCUUCAAGCGCUUCAACCUAAACGGUGCGAGCUUCGCUAAAGCGCUUCAGCAGCGCUUCACUUGUUUAUGUGUUAGCACAUCUAGCACCACGAACAAACGCUUACGACGUGGCGCACGAGAACGUCCCCUUUUCACGAAAUGCCUUUCACAACUAGCCUAAGUUCUCUUGAUAUAGAAAAAAACGUUACGUUAUCUUUUUAAUGGGGUUUUACCCCCUUUUCCGAUGGAAAGCUACGAGGGCAGAGUUGGAGUUCUAUUCGUUUGGAUGUUUUGUUAUUUGCUUUUUCCAUCCCUCCCCAUUUUAUGGCGUUAUGGCCUUUAUUCGGGUACGGUAGCAAGUAAGUAUAACCCACACAUAAAACGUUGAAAAAGAACUUAAUACAGAUGUCGUGUGUAUUUGAUAUGCGUGUAUGCUUUAUGUGAGUGUGUUUGUAUUUGUGCGUGUAGUGGAAGUUGAAGACAUAUUUCCAUGGAAAAUGCAGGAAAUAAUGAACAAACUGCAUGCAAAUUUGUUAGAAGUCCAUUGAUUUGCUGCUCUCUUUUUUUUUUUUAAUCACACUAUGCUGGAGUCUUUGUUUGUCACCUUGUGUAACAACAAACACUAGCUCAGCUAACCAGCCAUAAUAAGGUGGAGAACGUGAGGCAAACAGCAAAUAGAAGAACAGUAGAGUUUGAUACCUGCUCUUAUGGCUAUACUUAGCGAACGUUUGAUAGUGAAAACAAAGCCACACAAAUAGCAUCUGCAAAAGAACAACACUGGAAUGCUACAUUGGAAGAGCUGCGCACCGUGAGAAAGAGAUAACAGCGAGGAGUAAACUGCGCAUAAAGUGUGAGGUAUACACUUAAAACAUUAAACAAAUGAAACAAAAGCCCUAGACGAGUAUGUUAUAUGAUAAAACAAAAUGGUAAAUGAUACAGCAACAAACAAAACAAAGAAGAAACAAUUCACACAUAUCAAUUUCGUGCCCGAUCAUAUUUGAACGAUAAAGUAGAGAAGAGAAGAUAAAACAAAUAACCUUUACUGCUGCCAGGUGAAGGCAACACAUUCUUAUUAAGGAAGGUUAAUAUAGUGAAGUAAAACAGUAAGAGUCUAUGAAAGCCACUAAACAUGUGAAAUCAAUGGUGUAACAAAAUACUAAACUAAGCAAACAACACACAAAAGCAAACAAAAAACAAGCAUACAUACACACGCAAAAUGCAGCAGACAUUAAACAUUAAAAACAGAAUACAACAUUGAAUUACAAAAAAAAAAUCUGUAUGAUGCAAAUGGCAAGAAAGGAUGAUAAAGGAAGCAAAAAAAAACAUUUUAGAAUAGUAAACGUUAACGAUGUUGUAAUGAAAUGAUGUGUCGUGAUGAAAAAAAAAAUACAUUUAUAUUCAAAGUUUGAUAACAAGAAGAGCAAAUAUGAACGUAGGCAUGUAGCGAUAAUGGGGAUGGAGAGCAACAACAAAAAAAGAAACUUAUUAGUAGAUAUACUGUGAACAAAAACAACAAAGAUGAACCGCAACAGGCAUGAUAGACCUGCCUAUGGUAUUUUAUUGCCUUAUAUCUUCCCGAUGGCAGUAGGCGCGUGUGUGUGUUUUUGCAGGCAAGCGACAGAGAUGGACGGAGUGUCAUAAGUUCUUGCUUUCUUUUACAAACUACUUUUAUUAACCCUUUUCAAUUUGGUGAUGAACGUGUGAUUGGGGUUGAAAUGUCUAGCAAAACAUAAGAAAAAAAAACGACAUAAAGCAAGGAGACAAGAAACAACAAAAGACUUCCUUAGCACAGGAAAUGCGAAAAUAGAGAGAGAGACUAACUUUUUAACUGCUCCCCCGAAAGGCGAAACGAAUGCAAAUGAUUCUGACAAUCAAAUCACACACACACUUUUCAAUUUGUGCGCACCAAACCAAACACACGUACAAAGUAAUACGAAGCACCGUUACAUUCGCGCUAGGAAAAAAAGACAUUUCAAUGCCAGCUCAAAGCAGUCCAGUGCGAGAGGAGCGCAAUGGCUGCACCGAAUGGUCUCUUUGUCGCAAGGAAAGCCUCUUGAAGCAAUGCCACAAAACACACACACACACGCAUCUGAAAUGAAAGUAAAUACUUUAUGCCCUACCAAAACGGAAGCUCAUUUCGAUUCGUAUUCCUUUUUUUUUCUUAGCUUUUCUUUUGCUAAAAUUAUUUGAAUCGCUUCGAUCACAACAGUAAAAGGGAUGUUUUUUUUGCUGUUUUUGUUUUCAGUAUAUAGCCAAGCGGUUGAAGAAAAAAAAAGAAAGAAAGGAUUAACCAAAGAUGUCUAUUGUAUAUUUGUGCGAUUAAAUUAUCCUCUCUCUCUCUCUCUCUCUCUUAUUUAUUACAGCCCACGCCUUAUGUUUGUCCUUCAUCCCAGGAGCUAAUUUAUUUAUAACAAUCGCAAGCAAUCUUAUUUCGUACCUUUAGUUUCCUUAUGAAUUUUGUAGUCUUGCAAAAAAAAAAAUCCAUUCCAAUUGCGUUGAUGUACUAGUGGGUGUUGUUGAAAUAAUAUUUAUUACUAAAGAAUCGUGUACCAUUCGUGGUAGAAGCGGUACGCCGAAUAUUAGGUUUAUUAACAUUAUUUAGAUAACUCUCUGCUUUAAACCAUAUUAUUCAACUACCCCUUCCCAUCCAUAGCAGGUUCAUCAUGCUCUUGAACGUUUGGCAAGCGCCCAUUGAACAAUUAACAGCAAAGCAGAAAGCAGUAAGAAACAAUGAAACAAGUAAUAACAACCAUACUAUGCAUACAGUGAAAGCAAAAUUAUAUAUAUAUACAAGUAAUUAUAUAUACACUUAUUUAGAUAUAUACUAUGUAGUACAAUCGAGUGUAAUGGUAAUCCUAGCGAAAUGAGGAGCAACAUCUUUCAAAAACAAAACCACACACAAACAACACAGCUAUAACAGUAAAGAAACGCUCGAUGGUUAAAAACACAAUGUUGCGAAAUCACCAAAACCACACUGCUAUACCGCUGUUGCGUGUGAAGUUUGUACAGUUUUUCUGGCUAACACAAUUUUCCUAACACAAGGCAAGCAGGCAAGUUUUAAUCUUUAUAUUGUACGGUCACAAACUGCGGACAAACACAAACAAAAAAAACUCUAACCAAUCAAUAUCUGGCAUCACAAACAAAAGUAUAUAAUAUGAAAUACCCCCAACCACUCGCCCUCAAACUCCAACCACUCGUUACAGUGUUAUUCUAUCUAUUUGCAAAAUUGUCAAAAGUCGAAAACAACAGCAUAAUUUAAGCGCAACAUUCAUCCCUCACACACAGUGAGUGUCUACUUGCCAGGUUCUAACAGUACACAAUAUGAGAGAAAAAAAGUUGGCUGAUUUUAUGCGUUUACCUAUAUCGUAUUCUACUAGCCCCACUCUCUCAACGGAAGACAUAAAAGAAUAUGCUAAGCAAGAGGGAUGAAAUAAAUGAGGGAAUGAAAUAAGCAAAAGACAAAGAAAGCGCUAUCAACAACAAAUGGAACGAUAAUAACAAACUCACUUGUUUUGUUCAUACACGUAAACAGAUUUGAUAUAGUAAAUUUCUAGAACGAAUAGCAUCAGCGUAUGGUAUACCCGUGGGGGUGAUAGAAGGACCGUAAAACCUUCUAAUAGCAAAUAACAUACUGAGUAAAGGGCAAUCUGAAGUGAAGGAAAAUGCUUCAAAUGCUAAGUACGUACGGCGCAAAUGCAAGUACAGAUAAAUAUCUCUGCUCUGCAUACAAUUACAUAAGACAAAACGAACAACAAAACAUGAAAAAAUGUUACUAACGCAAGUAAAUGGAAACCUAAUAAAUCUAAUCAGGAACUGUGAAGCAAACAAUGAACCACCAUAAUGUGAGUAGAGCUACCGAAAAAAACAACAAAACGUCAUGAAAUCAGGAAACAGACUAAACAGUCUAACUAGAGACAAGAAGAGAAGAGAACAAAACAAGCCGAAACCACUAGCACAGAAA